UAGAAAAUGGGAAGGAAGAAGGAGAAGGCGAUCUCUCCAGCGCCUAAGCGCCCUGGCGCGUCCUGGGGAGCUGGAUCGCCAGCGUCCAAGCGCUCGGCAUCGGCGAGGACGAGAGACGAAGGAAUGGGGGAUUUUGGAAGGUACAUGACGAACAAAGUGAGGAAGCUGGGAGAGCAGUUCCAAGCAGAGGCUUCGAAUCCAGAGGCUUCCAGAGGCAAUGCCGAUGAAAACUCGAUAGAAGAGACCACGUCAAAGAUUUUUGAAGGGAUUUCGAUACAUGUGAAUGGCUUCACCAUUCCUUCUCAUCAGGAGUUGCGGACUCUGAUGCUGAGACAUGGUGGCACUUUUGAGAAUUAUUUUUCGAAGACACGGGUAACGCAUAUAAUCUGCUCCAACCUUCCGCAAAGCAAGAUCAAAGAAUUCAGGUCUUUUAGCAAAGGAUUACCAGUUCUGAAACCUGGUUGGAUUGUGGAUAGCAUCGCGGUGGGAAAGCUUCUACCGUGGGCGAGCUAUCAGCUAGAGGCGAUUUAUUCAAAUCAAAGUACUCUGUCUUCAUUUUAUGGAACCCGGAAGCUUCUUCAAGAUGGAACGGAAAAUGUUGAAGAGCAAGAACUUGUGGCAGAAGCGAAGCCAGACACUUCUCAUCCGAAUUUAGCCGGAGAUGGUGCUGGAAAAGAAAUCGAAUACGAUGAGCAAGAUGAAGAGGGUGGUGCUGAAGAAGUAAAUGUUGAAGACGGUCUUAGUGAGAACGAGUACAUGGAACAUCGCCGAUCGCAUUCAACACUAGAUGAUCCCAAUUUUGUGCAGAACUAUUUUAAGUAUUCCCGGUUGCAUUUUAUUGGAACGUGGAGAAACAGAUAUCAAGCAACUGUACAGAUGCAAAGAAGAGUGACACUUGAUCCAGCUUUGGAGAAAUCAAUUAUUCACGUGGACAUGGAUUGUUUCUUUGUUUCUGUCGUGACGAGGAAUCGCCCGGAGUUAGAUGGCAAGCCCGUCGGAGUGUGCCAUUCGGACAGCUCCAAAGGAACUGGGGAAAUCUCGUCGGCAAAUUAUGAAGCACGCACCUUUGGUGUGAAGGCAGGCAUGUUCGUUAAAACUGCUAAAAAGUGUUGUCCAAAUCUGGAAAUUGUAUCUUACGAUUUCGAAGGUUAUGAACAGGUUGCAGAUAAGCUAUAUGAAAUAUUGCAUCGACAUAGUCCACUGGUACAGGCUAUCAGUUGUGACGAGGCCUAUCUUGACGUAAGUGGGAUGGGUGAUCCUGCUUCAAUAGCAUCUGCAAUAAGGCGGGAAAUUUUCGAGGCAACAAGGUGCACUGCAAGUGCAGGAAUUUCUGCCAAUAUUCUACUGGCUCGACUGGCGACCAAGAAAGCAAAACCGAACGGGCAGUUCCAGAUACAUCUCCAAGAGGCGGAGGAGUUCAUGAUGAACCUUCCAGUUGAGGAACUUCCCGGCGUUGGAUGGGUACUGCGAGAAAAGUUGCACGCAUUGAAGCUAUUUACAUGUUCGGAUUUGCGGUUGUUGACAAGUGAAACUUUACGCAAGCAUUUUGGCGCCAAAACUGGGGAGACACUGUACAAUCACGCUCGUGGUAUUGACCACCGUAAAGUGCAGGCUCCGCAGGAGAAAAAAUCAAUCGGAGCAGAGGUAAAUUGGGGUGUUCGGUUUUCCACUCUGGCAGAUGCUCAAAACUUCCUUGUUACUUUGAGUGAGGAAGUUGCAUCUCGGUUAAGAAAAGCAGCAGUGCAUGGGCGUACUUUUACAAUGAAGGUGAAAAAGCGAAAAUCUGGAGCAGGCGAACCUGAGAAGUUCAUGGGAUGCGGCAUUUGUGACAACAUCAGCCGUUCUACUACACUCCCUUCUGGGACAAACUCGAGUGAUGUCCUCUCGCGAAUUUCUCGGCAGCUGUUUGGGUCACUAAACCUUGACGUACGUGAUGUACGUGGAGUCGGCUUACAAGUUACAAGGCUUGAAGAUUUAUCCAAUGAGCAAGGUGCUAAAGAGCAAACGCGUUUGGAGUCCUGGAUUACUAAUUCCCCUGACAAAAGAUUGAAACAACGUACUGACUCUAAACCAGAUAGAAGCAUAGAGCCUGAGCUCCCCCCCGCUUCUGAAAUCGAUCCAUGCUUCUUGGAAUCACUUCCGCCAGAUCUAUUUGAUGAGCUUAACAACGCAUACAAAGGCGAGCUUGCAAGUAUAAAAUUGUCAAAGGUUCGGGAAGGCGCCUGUUCAAAAACUGAAACAGAAGCUUCAAAAGUGGAGAAUAACGGGAAUUUGUUUCAGUGUGAACAAGACAGCACUGAAUCUGAUUCAAAUCUUGGCAAAGCCAGAGACAAGAAAAAUAGCGACGUGUUCGACGUCUGGGAUACCUUGUCCCAUUUCCAGACGAGCGAAUCAAAGAUGCUGCGGGAUAUGCACGACAUUUAUACGAGCGUAGACAGUCCGAAGCACUUGUCUCAAGUUUUGGUGGUUCUAAAUGCUACGUCUCACUGCGAUGAAGCCGACUCUGACGAUUCCAUCAGCAUAUGCUCCAAGUUUAUAAGUCAGUAUCUUCUGGCAAUCCUCUAUAGCGAUCUAGAAGAGGUGUCGGCGGUCAUCCGGCUUCUCAAAAGGCUCGCAACGAAAUCGGAUGGUUGGAAUCGUGUUUGUGCUUGCGUAUUGCCCACGACUCAGGUGCGCAUUUGUAAGCUUUCUUCAUUGUUGCACGACUAUAUGCUUUUCUUCCUGGUAGGACCAAGUCUUACAUCUUUAUGGCGGCUACCUGUAACGAUCGAGGCUUUCGAAGUACAAGCUAACACUAAUAACUCCCGGACGCUCAGCCACAAAGUCGUCUCAGCGGAAUUCUAUACAUUUUUCUUACUGAUGCCUCGUAAGAACAUCUUUUAAAAUUUGCUCCAGCCUUGGCAAGUGAAG